AUGCUUAAUAUGAAUUUUCAGGAAAUUCAUUUGAACUUCCACAAUAUUCCUAGAGUUUCAACUAAAGAAGAUAUGAGAGGUAUAGAAGAUUAUGGAACACCAUUUUUACGCCGUGUAAAUCUGAAUGCAAAUACAAAAUGGUUUCAGAAUGGUGUCACUGUCGCUGGAGGAAAUGGAUCUGGCAGUGGAAUGAAUCAACUCUACAAUUUAUGGGGUUUGUGUGUUGAUGAUAAUCAGACUGUUUACAUUGCUGACUGCGGAAACCACCGUAUUGUGGAAUGGAAAUGUGGUGCGACGACUGGUCGAGUUGUAGCCGGCAGAAAUGGACCAGGUAAUCAACUUGAUCAAUUGCUUGGUCCAACAGAUGUGAUUAUCGAUAAAGAAAGAGACAGUCUCAUCAUUUGUGAUUACAGCAACAAUAGAGUAGUUCGAUGGCCUCGUCAAAGUAGUACAAAUGGAGAAACCAUUAUGUCAAAUAUUAGAUGUCAUGGCUUGACAAUAGACGAUGUUGGAUCUCUCUAUGUUGUUGAUUUUGAUAAGCAUGAAGUCAGACGAUAUCGAAUGGGAGAAAAUCAGGGAACAGGUGUUGCAGGUGGAAAUGGAUCAGGAAAUCGUCUCAAUCAAUUGAGUUAUCCGAGAUACGUCUUCGUCGAUCGAGAAUAUUCAGUUUACGUAUCGGAUACAAGUAAUCACCGUGUGAUAAAGUGGAUGAAAGGUGCGAAACAAGGCAUUGUUGUGGCUGGUGAUCGAGGUCAAGGAAAUAAUCUUACACAAUUAUCAAGCCCUUAUGGUAUUGUUGUGGAUCAAUCAGGUGCUAUCUAUGUGGCUGACAGUGAAAAUCAUCGAAUAAUGCGUUGGUCUCAAGGUGCCACACAGGGAAAUAUGAUUGUUGGUGGAAAUGGUCAAGGAAAUCAAUCAAAUCAAUUCUAUGGUCCCAGAGGGUUGUCAUUUGAUCGAGAAGGCAAUAUCUAUGUGAAUGAUAAUAGAAAUCAACGAGUACAAAAGUUCAAAAUUGAUCAAAGUUGA